AUGAAGAUAUUCAUAACGGGAAGCCUCGUGGCUUUCGCAGCGGGACAGGAUAAUCUUGGGCUUUCCGGAGGAUAUAACAACUUGCAAUCAAGCGACUUCAAAGGCACGAUCGUCAAGUCAUCUGGAACGCUUGCUUCGCUCAAUUCGAGUAGCACGGGCUUUAAUUUCCUGCCAACCGAUCUGUUAUCUCAGCUGGCUCAGAACGGUGCCCACCACCUGGGAGACAUUACCUUCCGGUAUCGAACCUUGAGUAGCACAUCGUGGACCAGUGUUGAUUCUGCUACCUCCAGGAAAGCAGUCACGCAGUUGCAAAGCCUGGGGACUGGAGUUAUCGCUGGUGCGGAUCUAGCACCGACACUUGGAUCAGCCCGUCCACUAAAGGUCACCCGAGAAUGGCUUACCUCCGGCAGCGGUUUGGCUCUGAGAUUCAACUUCACAAACACCGGGUCAUCGUCCAUCGAACUUGGAAGCCUGGGUAUUCCUGUCGCCAUCAACAACAUCUUUACCAACCGCCUCGCAACAGAUACACAAGCGAAGUGCUCUUUCGCUGAUCCCUACGUUGGACUUGAUGCAGGAUUCGUUAGGGUGACUCCUUUGUCAGGUACCGGAAAUGCGCUUGUCAUCGCACCUUUGGGAUCAAGCAAUUUCGAGGCCUGGCGAUUUCUUCAAGAAUCUCCGGGCUCGUUUGGCUACCAAGGGCAAACCUACGAAGGAAAUUAUGAGUGGCAAAUCCACAGCUUGGCAUACGCGCAAAAUGAGUGGAAGAGCACCACGCCAUGGAAUACAGCUACGUCAAAGACACUUGCGGCCGGAGAAAUGUAUUCAGUGGGUGUGCGGUUCGUCUUGGCUGACUCCAUUCAUACCAUCGAAGAUGCUGUGGUGAAGAGUGGCACGCCUCUCGCUGUUGGCAUUCCCGGCUACGUCGUGCCAUCAGAUCUGACUACACGACUGUAUCUCAACUACACAUCUGCCGUAAAAUCCAUUGACGCGGCUGAUUUCACGAUCGCAGGGCCGUCUACUACCCCAGCGGGCGUGCUGUACUCGCUUACGCCGAAAAGCUCCGCCUGGGGCAGAUCGCGUAUCACUGUAACCUAUGCGGACGGAAAGAAACAAACGGUGCACUAUCAUGUCACGAAAGAUUCAUCUUCAACCCUCGCAGACAUGGGGAAUUUCUUCACUACUAGAGCGUAUUUUAACAAGACAUCCGAUCCAUUCAACCGGGCACCAUCCAUUAUGACUUAUGAUCACGAAGCAGGCGCAAUCGUAGAACAGGACAGCCGUGUGUGGAUUGCCGGCUUCAGCGAUGAGGGCGGAACAGGUGCCUACCUUGCAACAGCUAUGAAAGAAUUUGUACAGCCCAAUGCCAAGGAGGUCUCACUCUUCGAUGACUUUAUCCAAGAUACUGUUGUGGGUACUCUUCAGCAGAAUGGUAGCUUUGGAGUCGUGGCCAGCACAUUUUACUACCAGCCUGGUGCAGUCAACUACACGUACAAUUCCGCCUUCGACUGGACGUCGUGGACAUCAUGGGAUAAGGCGCGUGCUUACACAACGCGUAGAGCAUAUAAUUAUGUCCAUCCUAUUGCUGCAUACUGGUCCAUGUACCGCGUUGCAAGGGAUUACCCUGAAAAGAAGCUUCGACAGGACUGGUCGUGGUAUCUGAAUCGAGCUUAUAAUACUACCCAGUACUGUCUCUCCAAUCGGGCUGCAAAUUGCGACUACGGACUUGUCGGACUGAUGGGUGAAUGGGUACUUGGCGAACUUCUCGAGGAUCUGAAGCGCGAGGGUUUGACGAGUCAAGUGACCGAGCUGGAGGCAACAAUGCGAUAUCGCGCCAACCUCUGGGAAACUGAAGCGGUUCCUUUUGGCAGCGAGAUGGCCUGGGACUCCACAGGCCAGGAAGGUGUAUAUUACUGGACUAACUACUUCAACCUCACUAAAACGCCCAUCAAAGCCAUUAACUCAAUAUUCGGCUACAUGCCAACUAUUGCGCACUGGGGCUGGAACGGAAAUGCCCGCCGCUACUGGGACUUCAACUACGCCGCGAAGAUCGCACAAACGGAGCGCCAAUUGCACCACUAUGGGUCAGGUCUGAAUUCUCUCCCCAUGCUCAAUCACUAUGAGCAGCACCCCACAGACUUGUACGCGCUCCGUGUUGGGUACGGAGGCAACAUGGCCCCUCUGACGAAUAUCCACCAGGAUGGUUUUGCGAGCGCUGCUUUCCACAGCUUUCCUGAUCUGCUUAAGUGGGACCCUUACAGUGGGGACUAUGGGCCGGGAUUUCUGGGGUUGAGCUUGGGUCAGUGCGUAUACAUCUUGAGUAAUACGAAGUAUGGUGAUAUUGCAUUCGGCGGCAAUUUGCUAUCGACGUCCGGUGCGUCGAUCAUCUCGGUUGCACCUAGGGAUGCUGUCAAAAGACGUGUGUUCAUCGCGGACCUGGGGCUCAAGGCGGAGAUCAGCGCGGGAAUCAUUUCGAAGGUUGACUUUGACAAGAGUGGUAGCACGGUUACGCUGACGCUAGCGAGUGCAUCACGGUCAGGUGAUCUGCAAGCCAAAUCGGCGAUUGUGUGGCUGAAGCAGCCGGGGAGCUUGAGCGUGGGAUACAAGAUUGAUGGAGCUAAAACGAAAAGGGCCGGGUGGAGUGUGGAUCUUUCUAGUGGACAGGCAACGGUGAAAGUUGUGAAGGCGUAG